AUGGGCUCUGUCUCUCUGGACUCUGAGCAGGACCACCUCUUCUCCAACCUGGAGGAGGAGUUCCUUGCCGCCGAGGACAACGAGAGGGAGAACAAGAACGACGGUGUCGAACCUGACCUCGAUUCGCUCUUUGGGGACGCUGCUGAUGAUGAUUUGCAUUCGCUCUUUUCCGAAUCAGAGGACGACGACCAACACCAAGAACCACCAUCACAGCAUGCCUCAGGUCAUGCACCAGAGCCGGGGCCGGCCGAGUUGACGCUGCCCCAACCAUCAGCAUCAACAACCACCGGCCCCCAACCAAGCCAACAACUCCAAGACCAAGACCUACCCACGCUAUGUCCCAUUGAUCUCACACCUGACGAGCUCGAACUCCUCGAGGCCCUAACCCCGCCUUUCACGGACGGCCAAGAUGACCUGGUUGCACAGCAAGAAGGACAAUGUAUGCCCAGUGCCCCUGAUCCGCCUGCAAGUCCCUUUUCGCUUCAGGAUGGACACACUUCAGGUGGCCCAGCGGUUAGUACUCAGACUCCUUCAGAUUUACCCCCCGAGCCCGCCCUGUCGUUGGAGUCGUUGGAUUGGUUGGGGGAGGUUACGUUUGACGACGCAGACAUAGAGGCUGCUCUUGCGCAGAUGGAAAGACCUGAGCUCUUACUGAACGGGAUGGUUGACCAAGUCUCAGACCCCCAGCAGGGCGAAGGCUCUCAACAACAGCCUCAACAACAAUCCAUCUCGCAAAACCACCCCGAGAUUCCUGCACAGGACAGUGUUCCAAAUUCUAGUCCUCCUCUGGAUAACAGCCUUCCACAAGCUCAAGAGCCUUAUGCCGGUCUCCCCGGGGCCAAUGCCUUACCACAGGCCAAUGACCCAAACCUCCUCACUCCUCCUGCCAGUUCCCCGGAAAAUACACCACCAGCUUCUGCGGACAAUCAGUACAUUCGGGUGAGCGAAAUCCCCGGUUUUCGCUACGGUCACUGCUACACCAACCGAGGAGCAACCAUUACAGGGCGUAUCGAUCUCUACCCGAACCAGCUCCCGAUUCUUCUGGACUAUAUCACCCUUGACCGGAAUUCAAGAUUGUCGAUACUCUAUCGACGCCUCGAACUCAAUGACUGGCAGGGGAAAGAGCUCAACAAGGAGAUGAAGGACUUUGUGCUGAACUCGGUUUUCCAGAGCCUUGUUUACCACAAGACCCAGGGUGAUGUGAGGGGCAUGAAGAUUAUGUUGGGAGGUGCCGCAUAUUAUAUGCUCACGACCGGUUGGGGAGAAAAGUGGUUCGGUUCGACAGAGUGCUAUGUUUCGCCUGGAAAUAGGCGCCAAACCAUAUGGCCCAGAGACUCGACCAUUAUUAUGGUCCACUUCAUGGGGCUCCUCUAUCGCAUUGUUUACCAGCAACAAGUUUUCUUUCGAAAAAAGGAAAAGGACGCGGCAAGGAACAACCCGAGUGCCUUGCUGUCGCCAGAACCCUCUGAGGCAUCCGUAUCUUCACCCGCGCCAGUUGCCGAGUUGGAAGCGUUUUCACCGGAAGCAACCACUGCCUCGCCAGAAACGGGUUCUGAAGGGUCAGAGACAUGCUCCGAAGGUGUAAUGAUGACUGCAACAACGACUUCUAGCACCAGUUUGCAAGCUGUGAUGGAAAGUGUCGAGACUGGAGCGUCGAGUUCUUUAGAAAUAUCCGGCAACACGACUACAACACCUGCGAUUGAGAAUCCUUCCAAUACCGUCACUGAGAACACUCUACCAGUGGAGAUCGAGACCACGAGCGAACCCAAAAUCACCGAAACUCCUGUAUCAGUCUCCAUCCCGGGGUCAUGUACGGCUUCUGUUGGCGUCGUUACACCGGUUUUGGAAAGCACUGCCGUGGCUCCUGUCGAGACGAAGGUGCCAACCAUCGCAACCAAGACCACUCAAAUCGCCGCUCCUGCUCCCAUAGCUGUCACUCCUACCAUCACCGUUACUCCUGUUCAGACGACAGUACCAGGUAGCACAAGUACCACCACCCAAACCGUCACAUCUGCUCCCACCCCAGUAUGUAUCAAUACGAGCGUACCGAGUAUCACAACCACCAGCACUACCCAAACCGAUACUCCAAUCCCCACAACCAACAACUCCACACCAACCGCGACCUCAACCGCUACCCCUAGAACCGACCAAGACCUGAUUUUCACCGGCACUCGAAAGCGCACGCACGACGAGUUUGCCAAGGGCUGCGAGAAAGAAGUAGCCCAGCAAGCAACAACAGGUCCAGUCCCGGUCGCAACCUUCGUCCUCGACGUCCCCGACGACGCCGACCUGACCUACCACGUGCACAUGAAGAAUCGUUCGACCAACGAAGACAUCAGCCCGCCCGUGACGUACCAGCACUCCCUCUCGCCCAUUGUGAGAAGCGGGUUCUACACGUACAUUAUGAACACCAUCGGGACCAUCUGCGGCAGAACUAGCGUUUCUCCGUACAUCCAUGUCCUGUCGGCCGGCUGCCCACGGAAUGUGAGAAGUGAUGCCGAUUGGGACUCGGUGGUGAUGGAUGUGUAUAAUCAAAAGUUGGUGGGGAAGGAGGGGCCUGUUUUGGUUAUGUGUUAUGUUUGA